AUGGUAGAAAAAGCUAUGGCAAUGUCGUCAGAUAUUCCAGGCACUUCGGGUCUAGAAAAGCGUGAAGACACAAACUCCGAACUACAAAACAGUUGUGAUAAAUUUAGUGAUAAUGAUCAUUUAAAACACAAUAUCGAAGUUGAUGAUAUUGAAGAGUCCGAAGACUCCGACGAUUCAGUCAAGGACAAGGACUAUGGUCCAACCGCUUCAGAUGAAUCCUCCGUCGAUAGUGAUUUCGAUCAGCAAGAGGUGCCAUUACAAGAAAUUACAGAAGCAGAAACAAAUAAUAACAAUAUCACUAUAGUGGAAAAAUAUAAGGGCCGUCCGAAAAAGGGAAGAAAAAUAAAACAUGAAGGACAGGAUAGAGCAAAAAGGAAGAAACUGACAAACAGUAAUAAGCAAUAUUAUUCAGCUAAAGGAAAACUGGUUCAUCCAAAAGAAUUUGUUGAAUAUAUAUGUCCAUGUUCCAUGGAAUGUCACCAAAAAGUAUCUAUUGAAGAGAGAAGGCAGUUUUUUGACCACUAUUGGAACUUGGGAGACUAUAACGUUCAAACAACCUACUUAUCGACAUGUGUUAGGGAAGAAAAGAAAAAACGGGCACAUACUGCUGCCAGAAAUCCAGAAAAGCGACAAUUUUCCAGACAAUACUUUAUCAACAAACAUCUUGUUUGUAGAAAUAUGUUUGUUAAAACUCUCCAAAUCUCAACUAAACGCAUUAAUACAUCACUUUGCAAGAUAAGGAAAUUAUCAACACUUGACUGCCGAGGUGUUGCUGGUGGUCACAACAAAAUUUCUGAUGAGCAAAAAAAUUCGGUUAUCAGUCACAUUAAUAAAUUUCCCCGCUAUAAGUCUCACUACUGCAGAAUGAAGAAAGACAAACAGGAAUACCUAACAGAAGGAACGACACUUACAGUUAUGUACAAGCUUUACAAAGAUGAAAAUGUAAAUAAUCCAUCAAAAAGCCUAAGAAAGAUUCCUGCAAUAAGUGCGACACUUUACAUCAAAAUAAAAAAUUUACCUGCCGGAGAGGAGAAAGAUAAAAUCAGUAUGGAGCAUAGCGUCCAUUUGGCGGAAGCAGAGAAAGCUAGAAGUAAGAUGAACAGUGACAUCGAAAAAGCAAUCAAUAACAAUGAAAUAGAAACACUGACCUUUGACAUGGAAAAAACACUCCCGCUACCACGUAUUAGUACAAACAUUAUAUUUUAUAAAAGGCAGCUGUGGCUUUAUAACUGCGGGAUAUUUGCAGGAAAAGAAACAAAGUCUACUUUUAACUUGUGGCUUGAAGGACAAGCGGGUCGCGGUGCCCAAGAAGUGGGUUCUUGUUUGCUUCUAUAUAUUGCAAAUAAUAUCUCAAAAACCGUUAAGAACCUGAUAUUAUGGAGCGACUCCUGCGGAGGACAAAACCGCAAUAUCAAAAUGGUGCUUCUGUUAAAAUGUGCUCUUGAAGUAUCUACACACCUCGAAAGUAUAGAGCUGCGCUUUUUAGUAUCGGGACAUAGUUUUCUGCCCAAUGACAGUGAUUUUGGGGAUGUAGAAUGCGUUCUCAAAAGGCAAACUAAAAUGUAUUCGCCUGAGGAUUACAUCCAGGUUAUGAAAUCCUGCAGAAGGCAGCAUCCCAUUGAGAUUGUAUCUAUGGAAAAGAAAAACUUUGUGAGCACCAAGAUGCUCGAAAAAGAAAUCAUUAACAGAAAAAAAAGCUGCGUAGAGGAGAAGAUCAACUGGUUGAAAAUUAAAGAGAUAAAGAUUUUAAAAGAAAGUCCCUAUAGUAUUUUCAUCAAAACAAAUUAUGAAGACUCCGACGACUAUAAAGAAAUAAAUAUUAAAAAAGGAAAAGGAAAACCACAGAAAACACCUUUUUCUAGACAUUUAACACCUCUUUGGCCUGACGGAAAGCCUAUAGCAGAAGCUAAACUCAAAGAUAUAAAGAGCUACCUACACUUAAUUCCUCUGGCGGACCAUCCAUUUUAUGUUAACCUUAUUGGUGAUGAUACAAUCGAGGAAGACCUAGAGGGAUAUAACGCAAAUCUAGAUUUCGAAAUAGAAGAAGACUGA